CAGUUGUCCUUCUAAGAGCUGUGAUAAGAGCAAUUUCAGGACCACCUCCACCCCUCCCGCCUCCCACCCUCGGACUCCGGACUGGGACAGCUCUGCAGAGUUUGGAACAGGAAUCAUUCAACAUUCAAUCAAGGCAAAGACGAGUCCAGCUACCCAGAGGCAGCAGAUUUGAGCCCUUGCUCUUAGAAAUGCAAAACCUCAUCUCCUGCUGCGGACCUGUCAGGGCCCAGGAGACUGCAAGCCUGCCAGGCACACCAUAGCAAAGAUGAGUCAAGACAUAGAGGUGUGGAAGCAAGUGUUCCAGGAAUUAAUUCAGGAGGUGAAACCGUGGCAUAGAUGGACCCUGGAACUAGACAAGGACCUGCAACCCUACGUCCCGGAGCAAGGGUGGACACAAUACAAGCAGUGGACCUUCGCCAGGUUCCGGUGCUCCUUUUGUUCUCGCAGUUGGGCCUCAGCCCAAGUUCAGGUCCUCUUCCAUAUGCACUGGAGGAAGAGGAAGUCCAGGGGCAGGGUAAAGAUGAGGAUCUUUUUCCAGAGGUGCCAUAAGUGCUCUCAGCCUCAGUUUGAGGUUCCUGAGUUCACACAAGAGAACAUCUCGAGGGUCCUGAGCAACCUGGUAUUCCGAAUUCUGAAGAAAUGCUACAGAGAAGGAUUUGAGUCAAUGGAGGAGAUUCCUACUAUCAAGGACAUCUCUCUUGAAGGGCCACAUGACAGCAACAACUGUGAGGCAUGUCUGCAAGAUUUUUGUGCUUGGAGCAGGUUAGACCUGGGCCUGAAGCCACUAAUACCCUCAUCACAGCCUGCACCAUCUAAGAAUUCCGUGGGGCCCAGGGUCACUGCUACUCUCAUCAACAUUCGCCACUCACAACCAUCCCCCGAAACGGACAAGUUCCCUGGGCCAACAGUUUACCCUGAAGUCUCUAAGCCCUCCAAGGCUGCCAGUGCUGCUCAAAUUAGCAGCAUCUCAAAACCAUCAACUGCUCCAAGAUAUCCAACACAACAAGUGUCACCAAUAAGUUCACCUACCCUUGGGAUCGCUACUCAAAUGCCUUCUCCCCCAAACAGUAACACCAGAGAGGGUGCAGUGACAGGGCAAGCUGGACUGAAGAAAGGAAAAGUCACUGCUACCCACAUCGACAUCCCCCACUCACAACCAUCCCCCAAAACAGACAAGCUCCCUGGGCUGACAGUUUACCCCAAAGUCUCUAAGCCCUCCAAGGCUGCCAGUGCUCCCCAAAUUAGCAGCAUCUCAAAACCAUCAACUUCUCCAAGAUAUCCAACCCAACAAGUGUCACCAAUAAGUUCACCUACCCUUGGGAUCGCUACUCAAAUGCCUUCUCCCCCAAACAAUAACACCAGAGAGGGUGCAGUGACAGGGCAAGCUGGACUGAAAAGAGGAAAUGUAUCUAUACAGAUAAUGAAUAUCCCCACUUCAUGGAGCCCAAGAGCAGACACCAGUUGCCAGUUGGAAAGGAGAGUCCAGCUCUGCCCCUCAGGACAGGAAUUCUGUUAUCACGUGUCCCAACAUACCAGGAAUAGGAGCAUUUGCUGCUGUUGUCUCAUUUUCAUUGUUGUUGUGGUGAUUGUUAUAAAAACUACAAUAUUGUGAGCCUAAGCAUUUGUGGCUCACAGAAUCACUCACAGAAAUCUUAUGAAACUUGUGAGCCCUCUUGCCAGAAAAUUUUGCACAGACUCUCUGAUGUCAGACUGUGGAGGCAUUUGGCAUCUAAAACCUUAGGCUGAAAAGCUGGGUUUAGAGCAGUAGGCUCCACAGCAGGGUGCAAACAGCUGAGGGGCAAGGCAAGAUGAUCCACUGAGGUGGAAGAGGUAUCUUUAAAAUUCUAUUUAAAAUGUCAUCAACAUGCUGAGGUAAACAGCUGCUGGCAACUUCUCUCCAGAGAGUCAACAAAAAAAAAAGGACAAUUCUGAAUUGUUUGAAACUCUGGAGGAGGAAAGAGACUGGAGAAGGACCCUGCAGAUGCUGAAUUGAAAAAAGAGAAAAAAUGUCAGGUAAGAAUCUUCCAUCCUGGAACAGCCAGUCCUCUCCCCUCCCCUUCACUCCAGCUCAGUGUGGGAAAGGCACAGAAUCAGCAGACAGGGCCCCUCCCACCAGGGACACAGACUAUAAAAUCUCUCACAGUGAGACAUACCCCACCAUUUGAAGACCCAGGGACAGGGGAGGACAUUUCAGGCUCAGGUCAGUGAGGGACAAGGAGACUGAGAAAACAUGGACAAAGACUAUGUUUCCAGCCCUGAGUCAGCUGAGGAAGUACUUUGCCACAGGUGGAGCCCCACAUUGACCCAGAGUUUGGCCAGCAAAGUGAGGGUAUAGGAAUCCCACAGUUUCAGUUCAUCUGUGUAGAUGUAGCCUGUGCUUAGAGGCAAAGCAGCUUCUGAGGACUAAGUUACCGAGCAGUGCCAUCUGCUGGACAGUCUGGAAGGUGCAAGGGAAUUGAAACACUUUUAAAAAGAUGCUCCAGACCCUUUCUUAGGACCACAGGAGACGGUCUACAUGCCCUGUACAGAAACCUGGCCCGAUUUUGGCUGAGAAAUACAGAAGACUCAACUGUUAAAACAGGGCUCUAAAAUAAACCCAGGACUUGCUGGCUGACAGAUGAUGGAGAACCACUGGAAGCCAGCAGAUUUGUAUUACCAUACACAGUGAACUUGCUGAGGAUCCCAGUGCCUACCUCCCAUCCCUGUGGCAGGCCAUUGUGGGCACCUGAUUUUGAGGUAAGACUGGGGAGCAGAGCCACUCUGACAACUGACCAGCAAGAGAAACAAAGAAAAGAAAGAAGUCAAAGACAACCUACAAGAAAAUCCUAGGCAAAAGAGAGAAAACAAUCUCCAGAAUAAACCAAUCAAGAAAAUCAGAUUCCUAGACAGCAAAGAAU